UUUCAAUUAAUUAAUGCAGGUUUCCAGUUCAGUUAGUGAUGAAACAAUAGGUGGUUUUGACUUAUACCAGUUUGAUAAACCUUGCAAGUCGAUUUGUAGCUUAUCCGCUUCUGAUACGAAUAUCCAUCGAUUUGCCCUUGGUACUUCUGAGUAUUCUACAGAUAAUACGCUUACACUCGUCGAUUUUGACGAAUCUAGCAGGAAUUUCACUCAGAUUGCACAGUCAAAGAACCUUCCACCUGUUGAACACCUAAUUCCCUUUGGCAAAGGGGUUAACAGUGAGAUACUUGUUGUUUUUCGUGACACCAAAGAAAGAGAGAGUUAUCUUUCUUUACUCAAGGUUGAUCUUGAAGAUUCUCUCGGGAGUUUUGAGACACUAGUAAAGCUAGAUUCUACAUUUAGAAACGUAAAGAGGAUAUCUUAUGAUCCUUAUUCCGGAGAAUUUGGUAGAUUUUGCGUAAUUUCAAGAGAAUCACUAUGUUUAUUUAAAGAAAGUGAAGAGUCUUUUGAGGAAAUAUUUAGGAUAAAUACAGAUUCAAAACUUAGAUAUUCGGGUUCAUAUCACGCAGGAGCAUUUGAUCCACAUCAUUCGGAUUUAUUUGGAAUAAGUAUAGACAAUUGUUUUGAAAUUAUAGAUUUUAGACAGAAACUAACUGACAGAAUCACCCUAAAAGGAUCAGCUCCUCACAAGGGUGCAAUCUUGGACUUGAAGUUCAACCCAAAUGUACCAAAUGAGGUAAUAACUGUUGGAGAAGACACUAGGGUUUAUAGCUGGGAUUUAAGAGCCACACUUGAACCGACUGUUUUUGAUAGUGGUCACAAUCAUUGGAUACAGGAGAUACAUUAUAACACAUUUCAUGACCAACUACUCUUGACUUGUGGAGCUACUGGAAUUUUCUUACAUACGAGGAAUGAAUCCUUAAAUAGAGUAUACCAUAAUCCACAGGCAUCAGUUUGCACAUGCUGGAGUGAAGGAGAUGCUUGGCACUAUGGAAGCAUAGUUUCAAGAGGACUUUUAGUUGAAUCAGUUCCAAAAGAUAUAAAAUUUAAACUGUUAUAG